AUGACCACUCUCCGCGGGGCCCCCGCUGGAGUCUUUGAGCUGAAGCGUAGUAGUUCCGGACAAGAAUACCACGCGAACGAAGAUCGAUACACCCUCGGAAAGGACGAUCCAAGAACGAACGAUGACACAUCACUAGUGGAAAGCGAGCUUGACGAAGAUGAUGGGCAAGAGGACGAGGAGGAGGAAGAGGUCGACGAGACCGUGCGGGAAGAUAUGAUGAAGUUGAAAGACACAUUUCCAGAAAUUGCGGAUCGCUUUCGCUUGAUCAAUCGAAUCGGAGAAGGGACAUUUUCAACCGUGUACAAAGCCGAGGAUCUGCAAUUCUACGGAAACUACCGCAAAGAGUGGGAGAUAUUCGGUCAAGCUCAGGAUCGAGAGGCCGAGGAAUGGGGGAAACCUCCGAGCAAGCGACGAAAGAUGAACGGGGCUCCAAACGACCAGCACCGGCCCCGGUAUGUUGCGCUGAAGAAGAUCUACGUCACGAGUAGUCCGAUUCGCAUUCAGAAUGAAUUGGAACUUCUGCAUGACCUGCGAGGGUGCAAAUCUGUCUGUCCUCUGAUCACGGCUUUCCGGUAUCAGGAUCAGGUGGUGGCGGUCUUGCCAUACUUUCCUCAUACCGACUUUCGCAUUCAAUAUCGCACCUUUAUGGUAGCCGACAUGCGGCACUAUUUGUGGUCACUUCUAACGGCACUGAAGUCGGUUCACUCACACGAAAUCAUACACCGCGACAUCAAGCCCACCAACUUCCUUUACAAUCCCGAUCUGAAAGAAGGUGUCCUGGUUGAUUUUGGUCUUGCAGAGCGCCAAGGCUCCGAAUACAGCAGUCCCUGUCUCUGUUCCCACCAAAGUUACGUCCGUCGCGGCCGAAUCCUCUCGAGCUAUUUCUCCAAGAACCCUCCAACGAACGGAAUCUCGAGCGGAUACCCAAAAGCCGACUCUCGGCCCUCUCGACGGGCAAACCGUGCAGGCACACGAGGGUUUCGGGCACCCGAAGUUCUGCUCAAGUGCACGUCGCAAACAACCAAAAUCGACAUGUGGUCAGUAGGUGUCAUUCUGCUGACCUUACUGGGACGCCGUUUCCCCUUCUUCAAUUCCGCCGACGAUAUCGACGCUAUGAUUGAAAUGGCCAGUAUCUUUGGCACGCGACGCAUGAAGGCGGCCGCGGCCAUGCACGGACAAAUAUUCGAGACCAACUUGCCCACCAUCGGAGAGAAAGGGUACAGCUGGGAGAAAUUAGUAAAAUGGUCGAGCUGUGUGGAAGACCUGACCGAGAGCGAGUCGCAAGCGACGCGCCUGCUUUCUGGACUCAUGGAGCUUGACCCAUCCAAGCGCUUGAGCGCCGAGGAAGCACUCGAGCACGAGUUUUUCACCGAGCCGAUCCUCCACGAUGUGGAAUGGGGCGGCCACCCCGAAGAGGAGAGUGUGGACUCGGAAGAGGCGAAUGAAAGGGCAAUGGAUGAGGAAGCGGCAGCCGCUGCCGAAGAGGUGGACGAGCUUGAAAUGAUACUCAACCCUGAAAUGUACAACAAAUGA